AUGCUCAGAAUCGCAGCUUUCUCGGUCCUGGGACUCCUCAGCCUGAAUGCCCUCGCCCUGCCUCAAACCAGCGGUCCACCAGCACCACCCGUCUGCACGGACGGCGGCCAGCUCCACUGCUGCCAGGCCACAUUCUCAGGCGGUCUACUACCUAUCGUACUUGCAGCCGAUCUCGCCUGCUACGACCUGACGCCAGCCGUCGUCAACUGCAUCAUAACCGAUGCACCGAUCGAUCCUGAGACAGGCUGCAUGGGUACAUAUUCCUGCUGUCAAGUGAAUGACUUUGCUCCUGUGUUGGGAUUGUUUUGCAGCAAGCCACCUGGUGACUGUGUUGAUAGUGAAGGGGAUGGGAGGUGUACCGAUCUCAUUACUGGGAGGUUCAACUGCACGGAUGGAGAUCGUGAGAGGGUGAGGGAGGAUCUCGAGAGCCUUGGAGGGACGCUUACUGGGCUGUUGUCUUGA